AUGAAAGUGCUACAGUUGAUCGCUUUGACUGCGCUUGUGUCAAGCUGCGUUGCUGCGUCGGCCGCCGACCCAAGCGGUCUUGCGAAGACCAAAUCGGACGUUGAUGUCCUCUCUCGCGUGCUGGCUGACCACGAGCAGACCAACCGAUCUCUACGUCGGUACGACCUCGAAGGACUGGAUUCCGUCAAUUCUAAUAGAGAAGAGAGAAAUUCAAUCACGAUGGUUGACGAUGUUGUAACCAAGGCUAGUGGCCUGGUCGACGACGUCAUGGGGAAGACAGACGACGUAGUGGGGAAGGCAGGGCAGUUUGGAAAGGUGCCCACUAAACUGAGAGAUGUCGCCACGAAGAACAUGGACAAGAUUAAAGAAAUGACAGCACGCUCGGCUCUAGUGAAAACACUCACUGGGAGAUACGACUACGCUGAAAAGCUGAGUCUGUCGGCGCUGAAGCAACUGGAUGAUAUCGAAAAAGUGAGAGCGGUGGAUAUCAAAAAAGGUAUCAAGGGCUCUAAGGAAACGCCCGACGGCAUGCGAAGGGUAAUUGAGCCUUUUGAAGGCAUGAAAGUUGCCCCCAAGAAGUUCCUAGAGUCCCACGUGGGCCGCGCAGACCAACGUUAUGGCAAGGACGGCAGCCGGCUGCUGUCAGCUAACGUGGUAAUGCGUUUAAACGACAAAGGCGAGAAGCAGAUUCUUCUCAUUUCGAGCUCAAACCCGAAGAAAGGGGAUUUCUUACUCCCCAAGGGAGGCUGGGACAAGGGUGAGGAUGUUAAGAAGGCAGCGCUGCGUGAGGUUAUCGAAGAAGGAGGAGUACGUUGA